UUUUAAGCUGGGCUAUACAUAUGAGUGUUUCUCCAGUACUGGUUACAACUAGGUGUUGGUUCACUAAAAAGUCCGUAUUUCAUAAGAUUGUUAUUCAAAUGUGACAAUUUGCAUUACAUUGCAUUAAGAAAUGGUUAAUCUAUAAAUUUUGAUAUUUUGAGCUCAUAAGGUGCUAGGGAAAUAUUGAAAUUGUAAAAAAUGUGUGAAAUUACUACCCAAAAUGGCGGCUUUUGAUGUAACACGGAACACCAUAGUAUGAUUGAAUUAAUAUCGUACUAAAACCUAGGGGCAUAAAACUUCCAUCUUUGUUGGGAUAUGUUAACAAGAUCCUCAUAUUUCAAUGUCAUUAUUUAGUUUUUCUCAAGGUUAUCAAAAUAUUGAUUAAACACGGCCACAAAAAGGCGUUUGAGGCGCAUCGCGAUGUGUCCCACUUUAUACGGAAUUACAAUCCUCUAUGAAUUGUAAACAAGAAAUAAAUAAUAUGCUCAACAUUGCAUUUCUGUUACAACAAGCAUUAAAGAUUUCUUUUAAAGUAUUUUUUUUUGUUAAAAGCUUUCUAAACAUGCAUAACGAGCUUAAAAUAGGUCGAGGCGUCCCAGAUGAAGCGCCUGUGCUGCGUGUGUUAAGAAUGGGAUUAUUUUUCCCACGACACUACUUUUUAUGAAUGAGAGUUCUUUUGAGCAUCACAGGUAUUGUGUAGAACAAAAAAAGUGCCGCUUCCGCUGGAAAUACUAGCGUAGUAAUUAACAGGAGUACUUAAACAAUAGCGUGUCCCACAAUUAACCAUUGAUGCGCCCCAAGCGUCGACACGAUCAAUCGCCGGCAAUCUUGUACAAACAUCUCAUUUAAACUGUUUUUUGUGAUCUUUUGUGGAACAACAACCCAUCAGGUACGUAGAUAUUUCAUUAUUCUACUGAAAUUUAAGCUUAUUACGAAUUAGUUUGAUUGCAAUAUCCUAAUCGAAGUGCUUUUUUUAGAACGAGGUUACUAGAUUUAGCCAUUCAAUCAUGACGUCACGUGAAGCGUCUUGAAUACAAUUUAGUCUUAAAUCGUAAAGUUAAUCAAUUUUAAAGCCUGUUACUAAACAAAAAGUUUAUAUUUCCUAAACAAUUAUGUUGAUGUAAUAGUAGACGUGUGAAAGAAUUAAAAAUAAUCUACAUUUUUUUAUUUUGAGAAGUAAAUUGGGUUAGGCAUUGAGGCGUUCCAUGGGACCCCGUGUUGGUGUUUUCCAUGCAUAAAUUAUGACGUCACGUGUAGCGUCUAGUACGAGUUCAGGGUAUAUUAAGUUUUCUUUAUUCAUGGAAAGUUUCAAUCAAGAUUAAAUGAUUUUUAUGUAUGUAAUAAAAUAUUUUCAUAAUUAAUAAUUUUAAAUGAACAUUUUUUGAUAUAUUUCAAUAUAUAUUUUUUUGAAAUUUUACUUAUCAUCGUUUGGGGCGUUUCAGUGGACAACACUUCGUUUGUUUACAAAUGGUGUCCUAGUUUGCGUCUGUUAAGUCCAAAUAGAUUUUAGUGAUAUUUUGUUAAAGAUUUUACAGUAUCAGAUAAUAUUAGCUACAUUAAAUAAAUAAAACGAUAGUGUUUAAGAAAUAUUAAAUAAUUAAAAAUUUGUACUUAAUACUGUAAAGAAUAUUUAGAUCUAAUUGAUUUUCCGUUUGAGGCGCAUCUCGGACACUUGUCUUUAAAACUUAAUCUAGUCUAGAUCUAGACCUAAUGAUCUAGACCUAAUUAUGUAAUUCAUCAUCUAGAUUUACUCUAGACUAGACCUAGAUCUAAUUAUGUAAUUCAUCAUAUAGAUUUACUCUAGACUAGACCUAGAUCUAAUUAUGUAAUUCAUCAUCUAGAUUUACUCUAGACUAGACCUAGAUCUAAUUAUGUAAUUCAUCAUCUAGAUUUACUCUAGACUAGACCUAGAUCUAAUUAUGUAAUUCAUUAUCUAGAUUAUUCUAGAUUUACUCUAGACCUAGAUCUAAUUAUGUAAUUCAUUAUCUAGAUUAUUCUAGAUUUACUCUAAACCUAGAUCUAAUUAUGUCUAAUUAUGUAAUUCAUUAUCAAGAUUUAGACUUUAGAUCUAGACUAGAUAGUGGAAAUAAGUAGAUUAUUAGGGAAUUAGAUUAGAUCUUAUAAUGAAUCUAGACUCGUGACUCUAGACUAGGUCAUUAAUGACUAGAUUUAGAAUCUAAUUAUAGAUAAUAAAUAAUAGAUUCUUUCUUUCAAUAGACAAGUAUCUCUAGAAUAAUCUAGAUCUAUAAUUCUAUAUUAUAGUAUUUUUUAUAGACCUAUAUUGAAAUGUAGAUUGUAUCUAGAAAAUUUUGGUUUAACCUUAACUUAAUUUCCAUUGUAUUUUUUAUACAGAAUAUUGUAUUCAGUUCUUUUAGUCUACCACUGAAUGAUUGUAACUUAAGUUAUAUAAUAUGAAUUAACUGUACUAGUCCUACACCAUUGAGUCUAUCCCUAUAAAGCAAUUAUGGGCAUUACUAGACUCGAUUUAAAUAAUGCACCAAUAUAUAUUAUAAUAUGUUUACGAGUGCUAUUAGUACAUAAUAGAUCUAAUUAUUUUGAUACUAAUAAAUUUUUAUCAAUUACAGAUUUCAGUAAUGGAGCUAUCUGUUAGAGUUUCAAAGCGUUUACAAGCCAAGAAAGACUCUCUAAAUAUACAAGCAUCAGAGCCUGAGUCAUUUCUAAAUGUACUAGUACCAGAGCCUGUGUCGCUAAAAAAUGUCACUCAAAAUAAUGUUUCUGGGUUGACACCUAGUGCUAUAAGGUAUAGAAGACACAGGGAAAAACUACAAGCUGAUCCAGAAAAAUUUGCUGCUUUCAAGGAAAAGGAUAGAAAACGAAGUGUGCUUUACAGACAAAAUAUUACACCAGAAAAGAGAGAAAGAGCUCGACUUUUAAGUAAUUUAAGAACACAAAAAUGCAGACAAAAAAAGAAAGAACUAGGUCUCCCUCUUAAUGAAAAAAAAGUAAAACCUGAAACACGUGCUGCUGUUUUAGAGCGAAGAGAAAAAGAGAGGUUGAGAAAAGCUGCAUACAGGGCCAAGUUAAGCCCACAUGAAAAAGCCUGGAUAAACAGAAAACGCAAAGAAAGAAAACAGCAAGCUAAUAGUCCCCUUUGUGUCAACUCUGCAGAGGUUGGCGAAUCACUUGGUACUGGAUUCCAGACUCCAGUGGCAAAAAGAAUGGCUGUUUCAAGGGCUUUGAUGAAAUUACCUAGAUCACCUAAGAAAUAUGCUGCAGUUGUUGAAGGUCUCUCACAAAUACGCUCCCCAAGAAGAAGUAAAGCUCUCCAAGACAUAGGCUUUCUGCGUCUACCUGAGAGAAGAAAGCUCAUCUUUCUAAACAACAUUAAUGAAAGCAUCAAAACCUAUCUACACUCUACCAGCAAAAAAAGGAGUCAGAUGUCUAAUGCUCGCAGACAAGUACUCUGCAACAUCCUUACUAAGUAUAACAAAUUCAGAGGUUGUGCUACUCAUUUCAAACAUUUUGGUUUUUCAAGAAGUUUUAUGUCCAAGUGCAAAUCACAAAACAUAGCAAGAAAAAAACGAAGUGAUUGCAUUACACAAAAUGCCUUGGAAACAAUUCACAACUUUUACAGCAGAGAGGAUGUCUCAAGAACUGAUCCAUCUCAAUCAUCUGUGAGUGCACGAACUGGAAAACCUAAACGCUUCAUGCAGAAAACGCUGAAGGAGGCAUAUACUCAAUUGAGUACUCAUGCACCCACAUUAAAGGUAUUGUUCUCAAAGUUUGCUAAAUUGAAACCAUUUAUGACAAAAGCUACUCAACAUAAUAAGAUGCAGUCUUGCUUAUGUGAGUUCUGUAUGAAGAUUUUUCUUUAUAUGGAGGGCAUUAAUAAGUUUCUAAUCAAAAAAGGACACAGAGAGCUGACAUUAAAAAAUCCAGCUUCAUCACUUGACUUAACUCUAUGCCCAAGAACUAAUGCCAAUUGUUUUCAUAAGCUGCAGUGCAUUGAAAGAUCAUGUAGCAACUGUGGUGUGGAUUUAAUUAACAAGUAUUUUGAGCCUUUAAAAAAUUGCAUGGAUGAAUUAGCAGAAUGGAGCAUCUGGUCAAAGAUGACAGAUGAGUAUGUUCAGAGUGAUGGUACACUGCGAAAGGUAAUAAAGUGGCGACCAGUAAAUAAAGAAGGCCCUUUCAAUGACCUAGUAACAUCAAUGCAGAAAGAUUUGGAAAAAUUCAGCCUUCAUCUUUUUACAGCUAACUGGCAACAGCAGCAGUUUGCAGAUUUGAAACAAGAUUUACCAUGUGACUGGCUUUUGCUAGUUUCUGAUUUUGGUCAAAAUUUCACAUGCCACCACCAGGAUGAAAUCCAAGGUGCACACUGGGCUCGAACAGAGGUCACUAUUCACCCAGUAGUGAGCUACUACAGAGACAAAGAUUUGAUAGUCAAAGAAAGCAUGGUUUUUUUAUCAAAUGACCUAAAACAUGAUGGCCAUGCAUCACAACACUUUCAAAUGAAAGUGAUUUAUGAGUUAGCUAAUCGUGGUCAUGCUUUCACUAAAGUUAUCAGUUUUAGUGAUGGAUGUGCAGCACAGUACAAAGGAAAAUUAAAUUUUGUAGACUUAUCUUUCUCAAAGGAAGAUACAAAUGUGUCCAUAGAGAGGCACUAUUUCGGUAGUCGCCAUGGAAAAGGGCCAUGCGAUGCUGAAAUAGGUGUUGUUAAAAAAAAUGCUACAUUGGCCAUUAAAAGAAGAAUGGCCAUUAUUUCUGAUGCAAAGGGGCUAUUCCUUUGGGCAAAAGAAUACAUGACAAAGGCAGAGCCUACAAGUAAAAGAACAUUUUUCCUUGUGGAACAAGGAGAAAUCAAUCGAGACAGGCCUGACAGGUCCAACGAAAAGAUUCGAAGCCUUCAGGGAUCGAGGUCAGUCCAUGCAGUGAGAGGUAUUACACCUUACAAUAUUGCCUACAGAAAAAGAAGCUGUUUCUGCUUUCCUUGCAGAAAUUCAGAUGGCAGUCAGUGCCUGCAUGAUGAAAUAUGUGGAUCUUGGAAUAUGUUCAAACUUCAGAAACAGAAUGUGGUGCAAUCUCAAUCAAAUCUUGAAUCCUCUUUGGAUGUCAGUCCCAUAUGCUCAAAUUCAAAGGCCCAAACAUUGUCCUCCACCAUUCAAAAGUACAUUGUAAAUAGCUGUGUGAUUGUCAAGUAUGGGGAAAUAUUCUAUCCAGGAGUUGUGACAGAAGUCCUGGAUGAUCAGCGCAGAAUAAAUUUUUUAAAAAGGCACAGAAAUAAAAGAGAUAUAUUUGUAUACCCAGAAGUGCAGGACAUACAAUUAGUGUAUGCAGACAUGAUUGUUACUGAAGUGAUGUUGAUACCAAAUGGCAAUAGUUUGAGAGAGUGGAGAGUGGAAGGUUUUGAUUUCUGAAUAAAAUUUGUGUACAGUU